GAAGCAGAGGCGAAGGAGCGAAUUAGGCGGGCGGCAUUUCUCAAAUCCAUCCAUCCAUCAGAGCCCUCCUGAUUGCCCACACCAUCAAUCACGGUCGCCGCUGGUGCUCUCAGCUCUCCAACCAUGGAAGAUGAGUCCUUGAACCCACUCCGUCGCAUGUCCAGCCGGACUCGCAAGGUCGCUCCUAAAAUGGUUGCUGCCCUCACCAGCAGCGACAAUCGAACUCAGGCCGUGCUCGCUCGACUUGAAGCUUUGGAGAACGACAAUGCUGGAACCGAAGUGGGAGAUCUUAUUGACGACGACGACGCUUCCCUGGACGACGAAGACGACGACGGUUAUAUGCACAAAAAGCAAUCCAAGAGCACAAAACGUAAGACACGUCAAGCGAAAGCUCUUGAAAAUGCCAGGAAAGCUCCUAGAACAUUCAUUGAGCUACUGCAUGAGGCAAACCUUGAAUCCUUGCCUCCUCAUAUUCCCUCAUACUCAAGGGCAGCGGUUGGUCCUCCAAGUUCUACCUCUCGUCGCCAUUUUUGCACUGUUUGUGGGUUCACUGCCACUUAUACAUGUGUGAGGUGUGGGAUGCGUUUCUGUUGUCGCCGAUGCCAGAACAUACAUAACGAUACCCGUUGUCUUAAAUUUGUGGCCUGAUUAGCUAGGAAACUGUUGGCAAGUUCUUGCACUGAGCAGAGGACCUGCUCUUAAUCCUGAUAGUUGCACGGCAGGGUCAUAUGCAAAAUUAUCUCCUUUGUAGGCGUUUUUGUAACUAAUGUAUCUUUUAAGUUGGAUGUGAUUAGCACGAGUAUCUGGUUGUCUGGUGCCACGAGGACUGUGAAUGGUAGAUGAUGCUUUUUGUUAUAUAGAUCCAGGGGAUAAAUUCUCUCUGGAUAACAUCAUUUGCUUCA